ACUAGUACCAUCGAAGAAAACAAACAGUUUAGUUUCACCAAACAAUCUCUCUUCACUCUCUCACAUUUAUUUCUUCUCCCCAAGUUCUUGUCCUCUUCUUCUUCGUCCGUAACUCUAAUGGCUGAACCCCUUUGUGAAUCCUCCUUCGUCGGUGAUAUCGACACUUCGGCUCCAUUCGAGUCAGUGAGAGAAGCCGCCACUCGGUUUGGCGGAUUCGGUUUCUGGAAACCUUCUUCCCUUAGCAACAUCUUCGAACCUUCUCAGAACGAUGUGGACGAAGCUAACAUUGUGGCGAGUGAGUUAGAGAAGGAACUGAUCUCCAAAGAAGGAGAAGCUUUGAAAGUCUUGAAGUCGCUCGAGUCGAUCAAAGGCAUAGUCGAAGAGCUCAAAUCAAAGCUACACCGAAGAGAAGACAAAGAGAACUGCGACAUGAGCGUUCUGAAAGAGCUAAACCAAGCCAAGACGAAUCUUUGCAAGACGACCGAAGAUCUCGCCGCUAUACGCGAGUCCGUCGAGUUACUGAACAAGAGACUGGAAGAGGAGCGAGCCGCGCUCGAGAAGACGCGAGAGAGGUUAAACUCCAAGAACGCGGCAGAGAUCUCAAAGGAGAUUCAGAGACUAAGUGAUGAUGCGUUGGAGUUUAGUAAAACAGGGGAGGAAGCGCGUUUUGCGGUUGAUAAAGCUGUGUGUGAGAUCGAACGGACGAGGAGCAAGAUCAAAGCUGCUGAGUUGCGUUUGGUCGCUGCUAGGAAGAUGAAGGAAGCUGCUCGAGCGGCUGAAGCGGUUGCAAUCGCUGAAAUCAAAGAUGUCACCAGGAGAAGAAGGAGAAGAGAGACGUUGCAGGAGGAGAUUCUUGAGAAGAUUGAAGAGACAGCUCAAGAGAUCAGAAGCAGUAAGAGGACGAUUGAGGAAGGUCUGGAGAGAGUGAACAGCGCGAAAAUGGAGGAAGAAGAGACCAAAUGGCAGUGGUCAGAACGUAGGAGGAGAUCUUCGUCUUACAAGGGCAAGUACAAGAACAGGAGAGAGACGGUUCUGAUGGAUGUAAACGGUCUGGAUAUGAUGAUGAAUGGAGACGGGACAUCGUCUUCAGUUGCUGUCUUGAAACCAGCGAUGUCUAUUGGGCAGAUACUGAGCAGGAAGCUACUUCUAGCGGAUGAGGCAGCGAUGAUGAUGAACGGGAGAGUGUCCUUGGGUCAGAUUCUUGGGAAGACUAACGUGAAAGAAAGAAGUGGUGAAGGGAAGGAAAAAGAGAAGAGGGUCAAUGGGAAGAGGAAGAGGUUCGGAUUGGCUAAGUUAUCUGUGAUGUUGAACAAAGAGUGCAAGAACAAGAAGAAGAAGAUAGUUCUGAACUUGAAGUGAUGAAGUGAGUGAGUGAGUGACUUAAUUGAAAAUGGUCUAAUCUCUUAUCUUAGGAGUUGUUAUGUGUUCGUGUAAGUCUCAUUAUGUUAACAGUUGGUUUAUUGUGCUAAUAAUAAAUUCUGGUGUGAUCUGUUUUUUAACAGUAAUACAAUAUGAGUGCUUUAAUUUAA